AGUAAGGUACAACAGCACAGGGCACUUCCAGACGCACUGCAGAGGUGUGAGGAGGUUAUGUCCAAAAUGUUAAAUUCCAACAUUUUGUGAGGUUACCGGUGCAGCUGGGCUUAUGUCUAAACAUUGCAAGGUUUCAAAAAUCACGAGAUUGUACUGCCACUGACAGCGGUGUUUGUUUGCUUUGUCGUUUCAAAAAGUAGCUUGAUGAGUGUCCAAAGUAACAUUGGAAGUUUGGAGAGGACGCCAUCUUGGCCCUAGCUCUCCACGUCCCCGACAGCACAGGGGUUGCUUUCUCAGCAACAUAUCACGGCAGUGGUGAAGGCCAAGGAAGGCACCAUGGAGGAGCUGCACAGCCUGGACCCCCGGAGACAAGAGCUGCUGGAGGCUCGAUUCAUGGGCGGGGUCAGUGGCAGCACCGGGGGCAGCACUGGCAGCACCAGCGGGGGAACCAAAGCCUUGACAAACAAUGAAUGUUCAAAUCAAAGUUUUGGAAGCCUGGGGUCCUCCAGUGACAAAGAGUCAGAGAGCUCAGACGUGAAAAGGGGGAGCUCUCCUGCAUACUCGACUCCUGAAAAGAAACACUCUGAAUCGUCCAGAGGAAGAAAGAGGAAACCUGACACCCAGUCAGAGAACAGCCAAGGGAAGUCUAUUGUGCGAGGACCCAAAAUUAGUGAUUAUUUUGAUUUCCAUGGAGGGAACGGGUCCAGUCCUGUGAGAGGUCUCCCCUCUGUGAUCCGCUCACCUCAGAACUCACAUUCCCACUCUGUGCAGGGUUCCAGUAUUAGGCAAAACAGCUCAUCGCCUACGAGUCUGUCUUUUGGGGAACAUGUGAUGCAUCCAAGGCAGUUAGCAAUCAAAUGUGUGCAGACUGACCUGACGGGGCUCAAGUUGGCUGCCCUGGAGAUGAACAAGAACCUGGACCUUGAGAAAAAAGAAGGCAGAAUUGAUGAUUUGCUUAGAGCGAACUGCGAUCUCAGGAGACAGAUAGACGAACAACAGAAAUUACUUGAAAAGUACAAAGAACGCUUAAAUAAAUGCAUCACCAUGAGCAAGAAGUUGCUCAUAGAAAAGAGCACCCAGGAGAAACAGGCGUGCCGGGAAAAGAGUAUGCAGGACAGACUACGGUUAGGCCAUUUCACCACUGUGCGACAUGGAGCCUCUUUCACAGAGCAGUGGACCGAUGGCUUUGCCUUCCAAAACCUAGUCAAACAGCAAGAGUGGAUAAACCAACAGAGGGAGGAUAUCGAGAAGCAGAGGAAACUCCUAGCCAAAAGGAAACCCCCAUCGUCCAGCAACUCCCAAGCACCAACCACAAACUCUGAGCCAAAGCAACGCAAAACCAAGGCAGUGAACGGAGCAGAGAAUGAUCCCUUUCUGAAGCCCAGCCUACCUCAGCUGUUGACUCUAGCUGAGUAUCACGAGCAGGAAGAGAUCUACAAACUACGACUCGGGCACCUCAAAAAGGAAGAAGCGGAAAUCCAGGUGGAGCUGGAGCGUCUGGAGAGAGUGCGGAACCUUCACAUUCGGGAACUUAAGAGAAUAAAUAACGAGGACAGUUCACAAUUCAAAGACCAUCCGACUUUGAACGAGAGAUAUCUACUGUUACAUCUUCUGGGAAGAGGAGGCUUUAGUGAAGUUUACAAGGCGUUUGACUUGAUUGAGCAACGCUAUGCUGCUGUGAAAAUUCAUCAGCUCAACAAGAACUGGAGAGAGGAGAAAAAGGAGAAUUAUCACAAACAUGCCUGUCGGGAGUACAGAAUACACAAGCAGCUGGACCACCCCAGAAUCGUCAAGCUGUAUGACUACUUCUCACUGGACACAGACACGUUUUGCACAGUUUUGGAAUACUGUGAAGGCAAUGACCUGGACUUCUACUUGAAGCAGCACAAGCUGAUGUCGGAGAAGGAGGCCCGCUCCAUCGUCAUGCAGAUUGUGAAUGCGCUCCGAUAUCUGAACGAUAUCAAGCCCCCCAUCAUCCACUAUGACCUCAAGCCGGGUAACAUCCUGCUUGUUGAUGGCACAGCGUGUGGGGAAAUCAAAAUCACAGACUUCGGUUUGUCCAAAAUCAUGGACGACGACAGCUACGGUGCAGAUGGCAUGGACCUGACAUCACAAGGAGCAGGGACCUACUGGUACUUGCCUCCGGAGUGUUUUGUUGUUGGCAAAGAACCUCCAAAGAUUUCCAACAAGGUGGACGUGUGGUCUGUGGGUGUCAUCUUUUUCCAGUGUUUGUAUGGAAGAAAACCGUUCGGCCACAAUCAGUCUCAGCAGGAUAUCCUGCAGGAGAACACAAUACUUAAUGCAACCGAAGUUCAGUUUCCUGUCAAGCCUGUUGCCAGUAAUGAAGCAAAGGCCUUUAUAAGGCGCUGCCUGGCAUACAGGAAGGAGGACCGGUUUGAUGUUCACCAGCUGGGAAGGGAUUCCUACCUGCUUCCUCACAUGAGGAGGUCCAACUCUUCAGGGAACCUGCAGAUGGGUGCCGGUGGCUCAGGACCUGCCGCCUCCAGUAUCAUUUCAUACUGAGGGCUGGUCCUGAACUGACUGAAUUACUGCCUGGCUGCCCCACGCCUGCAGAGCCCCCCUCCCCCAUAGGACCGUGUGUGGGGGAGAGGAGCUACAUGCCAACUAGCGGUGUAUGGAAGGACAAGAGGGCCAUAGACACUGCAGACUGAAUGGUGUGGAGUUAGGCCUUCGCCUGUACUGUGCUGUUUCAAAUGUGUUUUCUAAAGACUAAUGAAAGGAUGUUUAAAGAACAUAAGUGAAUGACUUUGUAAAGGUUGAAUAGAGCACUGCUACAGACAAAGUACCUUGAAGAAAUGUGACUGGACACUUGAGUUUCUUUUGCUGGUGGAAGCCUUAUAGGGCCAACUGGCAGCCUGCUGUUUUUAGAACUGUUAACAUCCUCUUGCAAGGGUGCAAAUGCUUUAGCUGCGAAGAGGUUCCUUUUUCACCAUCAAUUUGGCUGUUUGUUUUUUGUUUUCAGCGAAAGUGUUAGGUUUUAAUUUGAGUUGUACAAUUAGCUAUGAGAAUGUAAUUUUAGCAUACAAGUGGCAUUAUUGUCAUUUAGGCCCAGGCAGCAUACUAAUGUUGAAUGCACAAAAUAACCAAAUGUAGACGAAUGGCAAUGUACAGAAUAAUAUGCAGGAUGAUUAAAAAUAAUUCCUUCAAGAGUAAAUGUAUAUUUGCUGUACAGAAGAUUUUCAGAUUUUGAAUUGCAGCUGUACCAUGGUUUAACAAUUUCCCUUGUACAUUUAUGUCCUGGAGUGUUUUCAUUUUGCUGCUUUUGAUGUUACUUUUUAAAGGGCUGUAUGAUCCACUUUGGGUACAAUUGUACAGUUCUAUAAAAAGAAUAAAUGAUGACUGAUAAUAAAUACCAGGAAAUCAUA